AUGGCACUGUAUGGAACUUCUGAUGCUUUGAUGUGCAGGGCAUUUCCCACCACCCUGAGGGGCCCGGCCCGCACGUGGUACAGCGGCCUGAAGACUAGGACUAUCGCCUCCUUCGACCAGCUCAUCAAGGACUUUGAGCUUAACUUCCUAGUCUACGCCCGGCCGAAACCGUCCGUUGCAUUACUCCUCGGGCUCAACCAGAGGGAGGACAAGCCCCUCUCCCAUUUUGUAAAUCGUUUUGCGGCGCAAAUCCGGGGGUUGCCGGGUGCUCACCCCUCUCUGUUGAUGCAGGCGUUUAUGAUAGGCCUGCAGCCUUCUAGAUUCUUCUGGUCUCUCGUGGAGCGACCCCCCACCGCAGUACCUGAGAUGCUUCAACGGGCGAACCAGUUCAUCGCGGCCGAGGACUGGAUAGUCGGGAAGCGGGAGGAGCACAAGAGGGUCAGGCCGGAACCGGCUCGGGGACAACAGUCUGCCACGCCGAGGCGCAGGCUGGACCGACCUGACCCGCCCUUGUUGAGGUCUCCGAUACCCCCUUUGGGCGCAUCCCGAACGGAGAUAUUUCUCCAAAUAAGGGAAAAAUGGCUGCUCAAGCCCCCCGUCCCGAUGAAGAACCCGUGGGAACUCGCUGACCAAUCCAAGUAUUGCCGCUUUCACCGGCAAAGCGGACACGAUACUAAGGAGUGCCGUGAGCUGAAGUGGCAAAUUGAGCUCGUCCGUAGAGGACACCUCGGUCGAUACGUCCGACAGAACAGGGAACCCUCGCCCCAUCCAGAGGGCCCCGUUGAGCGCCACAUCGACGUCAUCACGGGCGGCCCAACAUCCGGUGGGAUCAAUAUGUCCGGAAGGAAGGCAUACGCCCGCUCCGCUAGGGCCGAUGUUCCCCGACGCGGCCCCGACCCCGAGGUCGCGUUCCCCCUAAAGGACGCUGAGCGACCAAAGCAUGACGACGCGCUCGUGAUAAUGGCUCGAAUCACCAACGCCCAGGUGAGGCGAAUCAUGAUCGACAUAGGGAGCUCAACCGAUGUGCUAUAUCUUGACGCUUUCCAGAAACUUGGGUUAGCUAAAGAGGCCUUGGAGCCUAUCUGCUCGGUGCUCACUGGGUUCACCGGCGACUCGAUCUCACCGUUGGGAGCCGUCACCUUGCCCCUGACUUUGGGAGCACCGCCCAUAACAAAGACGGUGAUCUCCACCUUCUUAGUGGUGGAUCUCCCUACGACAUACAAUGCCAUCCUCGGUCGCCCCACCCUCAACAAGAUUAGAGCCGUAGUCUCCACCUACCACCAAACGGUGAAGUUCCCGACCCAUGCGGGGACAGGGGAGGUCUGGGGGAGUCCUCGUGAGUCCAGAUAG